AUGGACACCGCAACACCUCUUCUCCAGCUCCCGCCGGAACUACUUCUUCUCAUCGUCCGCCACCUGGACGUCAACGACUUUCUCAACCUCACGGCCACAUGCAAAGCUCUGCACCAACCCGAUAUCCUCUACGAACCUUCCUACUGGUCCAGACUGGCCAAAACCAACUUCCGCCUUCCCCAACACCUGACGAGCGAGAAGGACGGAGUCCGCCUGCAGAAACUGUACAAGCGCAUGCUGACGCAAACACUGGUCUACGUUUGGGGAAACCAGGACAAGGGGUGUCUAGGCCACGCAGCGCCAUUCCACCGCCGCGUGCACGGCGGCAGCCACCGUCUUCCUCCCCGGCCAUUUCGAUUGAGAGGCUUCAUAACCGCAGACAGUACGUCGUGGCCCGAGGUAUUGCCGGGCGUUGACUCUCUCGGCGUCAUCUCUGACCUCCAAUGCGGUGGUUGGUCGACGACGAUGCUCACGACCAAAGGCGCCGUGUACGUCGUUGGUGUGGUUGAUGGGAUGCAGCGGCAGGAGCCUUGCCCCGACCCUACCCCUUUGCGCUAUCCGCCCGGCUUCCCUCGGCCCAUUGAUCGCCAUGCUCCCAGCACCGCCAUCAAAGCCUUUUCAACCGGACGUACACAUAUCCUCGCUCUGAGUGAUAGCGGGAGGAUUUGGAGCUGGCACAGUGCUCAUCGCGACGCAUAUCAUGUGAAGUUCCUGCAUCACGACACGGUGGAGAACGGUAAGGACAGCGGCCGAGGUGUGGUGAAGAAGGUUGUCGCGGGCUGGAGCAAGAGUGCCGCCCUGAUCGAAGGCACAGGAAUCGUGGUUUGGGAGCCGUUGAAAUGGCACAGCGAGGUCGAAAACCCACCUGCAGAUCUGGCUCUGGUACUGGAAACUGAAUGCGUGCCCGGCACAGACUUUGUUUCCCACGAUCAGAGGCAACAUGCAAGAAACCAAGCAAGCGAUACGACUACCGACAUUGGCCAAGUAACCAAUUUCAUCGUCUUGGAGGAGGUGGUAUUGUUUUGCACAGACCUUGGCAAGCUCUUCGUCUCUCAAAACCACUGGGACGAUCAAGACCGGCGAAUCAGCCCACCGCGGGAGAUUCCGCUGCCUCGAGAUGGGGAUGAACAUGCUCCCUUCGUGACAGACGUGCAGGGCUCAUUCAGAUCAUACGCCGUCUUCACGCAAUCAGGCGCCGUCCUCACGGGCGACCAGGACGCUCUACUCCAUGCCGAAUCCAUCGAGGACUGGCCACAACUGCUUCGCAUCCCGGCAUUACAGAAUAAGGACGUGAUCCAGGUCGCGUUUGGCGACUACCACUUCCACGCCCUGCACGCAUCCGGACACAUCACCAGCUACGGCACGGAGCCUGCUCGCUGCGGCGCCCUCGGACUAGGAGGGAGUGGACUACGAGGCUUGGUGCCCAAAGGCAGAGGCGACGCAACGCUCGUGCCGCACGCCUACACUGAAGGCCGCCGCAUCUGGUUUGAGCCGGAAAAGCGGCCCUGGCUGGGGUUCUUGGCCGAUGGCGGCGUCGAUCCGGACGAGAGCAAGGAGCGAAUGGCCAUGACGCUUGAGACUGAAAAUACUCGAUGUCGCGCGGAAGUCAGCGAGUGGAUUGAGCAGGAGGGCAGAGAUUGGGAGGGGAAAUUGGGACUGCAUAGCGAGGACGGCCUCGGUGCUUAUAGCGUCCUCUCCGUCGCGGCUAGCGGCUGGCAUUCCGGCGCGCUGGUCUCCGUCGAUCCGGUUCUUCAGAAGAAGAUGCGCGAGGCCGAUAACCACUUUCCUCGUUUGGAGCUGAGUGAUGGCACGGUCAUGCCGGGUACAGCGCCGCUGAAUCCAUGGCGGUAUGGGCGGCCGGAGUGGGAUUUGAGUCGGGCGUGGACGUGA